UCUUCACGCAGCGGGGCACCUGGAGCGGGAAGGGCAGGAGCAUCGUCAUCCUCUUGGCAGAAGGAGGGGUUGUCUGCUAUGGCAGGUGUGGUGUACCCCAGACAGGCCCCUGUGGAUUUAGACAUAUACAAAAGCUCCUACAUGGUUGACUAUCAACACUACGGGAAGCACAAAUACUCCAGAGUCACACCACAAGAGCAAGCGAAGCUGGAUGCCCAACUCCAGGACAAAGAAUUUUAUAGGGUCGUCCCCAGCUCCAAGCCCAGGCUAGAGGAUGGAUACCCCGCCUUCAGAAAACCCCACAUGACCGCCAAAGACCUGGGACAGCCUGGCUUCUUUCCCCCGCAGGAUCAGGACCGUGUGGCCGCAGCGGAGGAGGAGUGCAGGUUCACCAGUAUAUGCCCUUCCGUGUACCCCGUUUCCCACGCCCUGUACCCGGCCCAGGGUGCCCCCAACCGGGUCCGCCAGAGCGCCGGCUUUCCGUGCCUCCUGGAGCCCGAGGUCCAGCCUGCGCCCGAGGAGGGCAAGAGCUACUUUCUACUGCCUGGCUGCCUCUGUCCGUAUCACCAUGAAGUCAAGUUCCCCAUCUUGAAACGAUGGGGGCCCAUGAUGCCAUUUUACCAGUAGGAAGGGUGAGAGCGCCUUCAGGGGCGCUGCGGACAUCCUCCCUCUCCCAAGGAAGUCCGACCUUGGCACUUGGAGAACCGCCAGGAGGACUGAAAAUAAAACCCUGGGAAGCCGUU